AUGGCUGCUGAAACAGACCCGAAGGAAAGAAGGCCCCUUAGGACGGGCGAGAUGAAAACCAAGGAGGAGUUUCACAAAAUUUUCAAGAACGACCAUUGGAAGUCCAUGUGGGAGGAUGCUGCAUUCCUCAAGGAACGACGACGUGGUCCGGACCAUCACUUGUACACUUGGGAAGCCUGGCAAGACUCCUUUAACGACCACGCUGCCUGGGACACUGCUCCACCGGGGCCACCUGCCCGAAUCGAAGCGAAUGACGAACCCGAAGGUUCCACUGCCGCUGGGCUUCAGGCCAAUUCAGCUGCGGUCCAGGCAGCUGACGACGAAGCCGAGAGACGCGAUGCGGCCUCAGGGACCUCCGGGGCGGAGGGAUCGAAGAGAACCACCCCGUCGGGUGCAACCGCAGAAGCAGGCCACACGAAAGGAUCACAGGACACACCUCCGUGCCAGAAGGCUUCCUCAGGAGGGAGCAAGGACACCCCUACGAUUGCCACAAUAGGGACUGCCCCAGCCAACCAAGCUCAACCGGACGACUCAGAGGAAGACCCGGACGCGGAGCUGCGCCAGGAUGCACCUGUUGGCAUGGACGAGCCAAUCGCCGGUUCCAACAGGUGGAAUGAUUGCCUGCAGAGGAAUGCGCAUCCCUGUGGUGAGAAGAUGGACCACUGCUGCUGCGACGUGGGUUCGUCUCUGAAGGGGAACACGUGUGUCCGUUCGACCAAAGGAGACAAAGACCCCAGUGUUGUGGCGAAGCAGAUCAAGGGCUCAAGGGAUCAUUCGAGUUUUGGUCCCUGCGACAGCAGCAGAUUCACCCAUAAGUGUGGCAGUGGGUGCUGCUGCAGUGGAUACCUCGAGUGGAACGUGCAGAAUGAGAAGUGCGAGGAGCCUCCUUCUUCCAAGGGGCCAGAUCCAGGAGAGCAGUCUCUUGCCGACUCGGCACCCCCAAGAGAGGAGGACGCCAUCAUCCCGGGCUCGCAGACCUGGAAGAAGACGAAGAGCUUGAAUACCUGCGAGCUAAGGGAGGCAUAUUCCUGCGGCAAGGACCGGAAGCACUGCUGCUGCAGGUUUGGCUGCGUGUUUAUCGAGACGAUCGACAAGUGCAGCAAGUGCAAGAACGAUGCGCAAGUCGUGCUGCAGAACAUGAUCCCGGCUUCACAGCUUUGGGAAAAGAGGGUCAAGCAAGGAAUCUGCAAUGCUAAGCGAAGUCAUCCAUGUCAGGGCCUUGGUGUUGCUGCAAUGCUGGUUGGUCUUGGAGCAAAGAGCUCCGUGUCUGCCAAAGUGAAGCAGAGAAGAACGGCCGCACCGCAUCCCAGGAACCAGGGGAGGAGGGAGAUGCGACCAAGCAAAGUGAUCGUGGAGGCGAUGAAGGAGGUGGCUCUUCAGAAAAAGGCUCUGCGAAGUCAUCUGGAGGCGCCUGUCUGCGUUGCAAUGGUUGCAGACAGAGAGGAGCCUCCUUGA